AUGGAUGAGAUUGACAACUAUGACGAUAGUAGUGCCCAGGCUACUGAUGGUGUUGACUCUAGUGUAAAAAAAACUGACAAUGGAGAUGAGGAGAGUAGUAGAGAUAGUCGAGAUACUAGAGAUGAGGAUGAUGAUCCCCUGUCCUUGCCAUUUUGUGCAAGAGAAAUGUCUGAGUUUGCAGUGAUUACUGGGCUGAAUUGCUCAGCAUACCCCUGUGAUUCAGAAAUGACAAAAGUGCUUCAGAAAGUGAAGUAUUUGAAGAACAAAAUUUAUUUGAAGAAGCAGAGUGAAGUGUACAAAGAAAGAGGGAAUGCAUCGUAUGCUCUGUAUGGCUUCCCCUGGGCAUUUCUGGUGUGGAUAUAUGAGGUUUUUCCUCAUCUUAGUAAGUAUGCAAAGAAGUCCUUGGAUUCUCCUCUGCACAUUCCCCGUUUACUUAGAUGGCACACGACAAAGAGUGAUAAUGUUGUCGAAGCCACUGAUCUUGCAAUAGAUGAUGACAACUUUUCAGCACCAAUAGUUGAUGACGAGAUCCUUCCAUUAGCUGUAGUCGAUGAUGAUCUUGUUGCAGUUGAUGCAUACUUUGCUGAAGAAGUUGAUGAAGAGAUGAAAGAAGAAGAGAAACAACAAGAUGAGGAGAAGAUAACAGAAAAACAAGAAGAGAAGAUGGAAGAGAACAAUGAAGAAAAAGAAAAAGAACAACAAGAGGAGAAGACAACAGAGAAUGAAGAAGAGGAAAAGUUGGAAGCAGAAGACUUUGCCACUGAUGUGGCAGAAGUGGAAAAAGAAAUAGACGUGAUGAGUAUUGUGAUGGAGCUUAAUGGUGAGGUUGGUGGUGAGGAGUAA